UCUUUUAACAUUUAUUCUUUUACCGCAGCACCUCGGUGAUUAAGGCAGCAAUUCCCUUCUGUAUUGCUCAGGAUACAGGAAUUAAAUAUGCUGACUGGGAUAAAUGGGCCACGCUGGGAAUCAGGCUUACAGAAGGAAGCCUGGGGCAGAUGAAAUGCGAAGAUAUGAGUGAGUUUUUAUCUAAAAAAGCAAAGAGUGAAAGCGUCUGCAGGGCUCCCCCAGUGCUGGCUCAGCUGUAACCCACUGGUGGAAGCUUUACCAUCCAUCAGCCCGAAGUCAAACACAUAGCUCAGAUUGUGCAGAGGAGGAGGCAUCGAUUGGAGAGAUGUUUUCUCCUGAGAGGAACCCAUGGGCACCCUCAGGGCACUGGUGGCAGCUACAUCCAUCAAGUGUGCAGAGUCAUUUCAAAAGUGAAAAUGCAAAGGAAGAACAAAAAGUCUGCUCAUAAAAAUGGUUGUUUCGACUGUGCCCCCCAGCAAGGGAAAGGCUGGAGUUAUUAGAUGCCCUUUUUAUUAAUAAGGGCAUUUUGGAAGCCAGGAGCUGAGUUCUUCAACGUGGGCACCCAAGGCACUGACACCGCAUACAACUGCUGGGCUCUGUCUCCCUCUUCUGCCUGUUCCGAGGCUUUUUCCUUUAUCCAGCUGAGAAACACCCCCCAGCACGAGCCUGAUAAGGGCUUUUAGCACAGGUGGUGUCCAUACAUUGCAUUGAAAAUAGAGCUGUGAGCCAGCAGGGGGGUUAUUGAGUGGUUUUAAAGCAACAUGACCAACACUGUGGGACUUCUUGCAGGUGAAGGUCAAAACCUCCAGGUGAUCACGAUUCUCUAAGGAAUAACAGGUGUUCUUCAUCCAGGCAUCUCACAAGCUCCAGAGGUUUUGCUUUUUUCUUCCUUCCUCCCCCAGUCUCUGGGAGGCACUUAGUAAAACCAUUAUAUACACAAGCUGAUGCAUUCAGCCUGCUCUUUGGGGCUAAUUUCCAUGUAAUAGUUGGGGAAUAUUCGUUCCUGUUAUUUUUCUCUUUUCUUUAUUACUGGACAAGAUGCUGCUGUUAUCUCUGUGCUGUUUCCUGCCUGGGUAGAGCCUAGGAAGGCUGGGAUGCAGCCCCUAGCAGGUCAGGCUUGAGCAGGUUUUCCUACCUGGACUACUGAGGGAUGCUUUGUAGCAGGCACUGAGUGAUGAGAGAGGUAGCAGAUGGCAGUUUGCAUGGUGGCUUGGUGCCCUGCUACGCCAUUCCCAUGUAGCAAAGGGGGAGAAAGCAUCCAACAGGCUUGGCUUUGCUUCUGCUGAGACUCCGGAUGGUGCCAUCGAAUGAUCUCCCCAGAGGUGAGAGGAAAAAUCUUGUUCUCAGACAGCCUUAAAAAUACAAAUUGUGUUUUCUCUGGGUGCUUGUUGAAUGAUGGGACUGUCUGCAGCCAGGGGUCUCGCGCUGCUUUGAUGCAGGCUUAUUGAUAUCCCUGUUAAAAGGUUGAACAGACACGAGCAAGUCAGGCGUUAAAUAAAAGCGGGCAGGCGAGGGAGCGCGUUCCCCCACUCACAAAGCCGAGGGGUUGAUUCUCUCAAGCUGAAAUUUGCAGAUAUUUCACGUGUCAAAGGCAAAAUGUGGGACGUGUAUCAAAAAGGCAAACCCUCUGAUGGCACUUGGGCUGGUCCUGGGAUCCCCACUGGGUUCAGGAGCUUGCUCCCUGUUGGUAGUGCUUCCCCGCGCAUCCCUGAGUAAUUUCCUUGUGUUCUUUGCUAUCAGCCACGCAUGAGGUUGAACAGAGCCAAUGAAUAAAAGCAGUUCUUCUUCCCAGCCCCCAUCAAUCAAGGCAAAACUGAUGGGAAUCAAUAAUUAAAGAAAUAACAAUUCACUCAGGAGAUGCAGAUCAUGGAUGUUAGGGAUCGGCAGCCUAAAUAUUGUUGCAUCCCAUCUAGAAACCAUCACUGCAUACCACCAGCUCUUCAUGGCAUGAAUGUCACAACCUCUCUGAAGGUCUAUUUACAUCCCAUGAUGCUUUUCUACUCCGAAAGUCAAUCCACAUUACCCAAAAAUACAUUUGAAGCUGGGAGCUACAGAGCUGCUGCCAAUGGGCAUCGAUACGAUGCUUGCAGGAGCAGUUUCCUCUCGAGGCAGUCCGGGCUCCUGCACCCACCAGCACCCAUCGCUUCCCCUUGCUGAGCACAGCCCCUCCAAUUUCUGAGUGCUUCUGGAGAGCCAGAGCUCUCGCCACGCGGCAGGACCAUGCUGGAGGAUGAGGAUGGGCUGAGCGAGCGGGGGCUCAGCAGCUCGAGGAGGAGAUAUGAUGAUGAAGAAGAUUACCACUCCAUCUACAUCGGGGUGCCGGUGCCCCGGGGAUACCGGAGGAAGCGGCGUCGGCGGCGAUCUGCCUCCAGCCGGGACAGGACCAGCGAGAGCGAGCGGCACUACGAGCGGCAGGAGCGCUCCGACACCGACGACGGCGGCCACGGCUGCUACGAGAGCGGCAAUGACAAUGCCAGCAGGACCAUGUCACCGGCUGCUGAACGUCUCCGCUACAUCCUGGGUGAUGACGAUGAGCCUCCCAACCCCACACUCUUCACGGAGAUGGACACACUGCAGCACGACGGGGAGGAGAUGGAGUGGAAAGAGUCAGCCAGGUGGAUCAAGUUUGAAGAAAAGGUGGAGGAAGGCGGGGAAAGGUGGAGCAAGCCCCACGUGUCCACGCUGUCAUUGCACAGCCUGUUUGAGCUGCGGACGUGUCUGCAGACGGGAACAGUGCUCCUGGACCUCGAUGGAUACUCUUUGCCCCAAAUCAUAGACGAUGUCAUUGAGAAGCAGAUAGAGGACGGUCUUCUCAAACCUGAGCUGCGGGAAAAGAUUAGCUACGUGCUCCUGAGGAAGCACCGCCACCAGACCAAGAAGCCCAUCCACCGGUCAUUGGCCGACAUUGGCAAGUCGGUGUCCUCCAACACAAAUCGCAGCCCUGUCCGGAGCCCGGCUGCAGGUGCUGCCUUCCACCGCUCCACGGAGGACCUGCGGAUGCGGCAGAGCGCGAGCUACGGCCGCCUGCGCCAUGUGCAAAGCCGAAGCAUGAAUGAUAUCUCGGACACGCCGAGCACUGACCAGCUGAAAAACAAGUUCAUCAAGAAGAUCCCCAAGGAUGCGGAGGCCUCCAAUGUGCUGGUGGGAGAAGUGGAAUUCCUAGAGAAGCCCUUUGUAGCUUUUGUGCGGCUGCUCCAAGCGACGAUGCUGGGAGGGGUGACGGAGGUGCCCGUCCCCACCAGAUUCCUCUUUAUUCUCCUGGGCCCUGCAGGAAAAGCCAAAUCCUACAAUGAGAUUGGCAGAGCCAUCGCAACCCUCAUGGUGGAUGAUCUCUUCAGUGAUGUUGCUUACAAAGCCCGAGAUAGAGAAGACCUGAUCGCUGGCAUAGAUGAAUUUCUGGAUGAAGUCAUUGUCCUGCCACCUGGCGAGUGGGACCCCAACAUUAGGAUUGAACCACCCAAAAAAGUGCCCUCAGCUGAGAAGAGGAAGUCAGUUUUCUCGUUGAAUGAAGUGGGGCAAAUGAAUGGCACAGCCGGUGGGGCGGGCGCUGGGAGCGGAGGAGGAGGCAGUGAUGAUGGGGAGAUGCCUGAAGUGCAUGAAAUUGGGGAAGAGCUCGCAUGGACUGGCAGGUUUUGUGGUGGCCUCUAUUUGGAUAUCAAGAGGAAGCUGCCCUGGUUCCCAAGUGACUUCUAUGAAGGCUUUCAUAUCCAGUCCAUCUCUGCCAUCUUGUUCAUCUACCUGGGCUGCAUCACCAAUGCCAUCACAUUCGGGGGUUUGCUUGGGGAUGCAACAGACAACUACCAGGGUGUCAUGGAGAGCUUCCUUGGCACAGCAAUGGCAGGUUCCAUGUUUUGCCUCUUUGCUGGGCAGCCCCUCAUCAUCCUCAGCAGCACCGGCCCCAUCCUCAUCUUUGAGAAGCUGCUCUUUGACUUCAGCAAAGGCAACGGCAUCGACUACAUGGAGUUCCGCCUCUGGAUCGGCUUGCACUCUGCUCUACAGUGCCUUAUCCUGGUGGCCACUGACGCCAGCUUCAUUAUAAAGUACAUCACCCGCUUCACAGAGGAAGGCUUCUCCACCCUCAUCAGCUUCAUCUUCAUCUAUGAUGCCAUCAAGAAGAUGAUAGGGGCCUUUAAGUACUACCCCAUCAACUCAGACUUCAAGCCGGACUAUGUGACCAUGUACAAGUGCGAGUGCAUUGCUCCCGACCCAGCCAACAUGACACUGUUCGAUGCUUCAGUUCCAGUAGCACCAAACACCACUAACGUGUCUCUGUACAAUGCUAUUAACCUCACAGCUCUGGAUUGGACUCAGCUGAGUAAGAAGGAGUGUCUCAAGUACGGCGGCAGCUUAGUGGGGAAAUCCUGUAAAUUCGUGCCCGACCUGGCCCUCAUGUCCUUCAUCCUCUUCUUUGGGACCUACUCCAUGACACUCACCUUGAAGAAAUUCAAAUUCAGCCGUUACUUCCCCACCAAGGUCAGGGCCUUCAUUGCUGACUUUUCCAAUGUCUUCUCCAUCCUGCUGUUUUGUGGCGUGGAUGCGUGUUUCGGCCUGGACACCCCGAAGCUGCACAUCCCCAGUAUCAUCAAGCCCACGCGCGUGGACCGAGGGUGGUUCGUCUUUCCCUUUGGGAAGAACCCAUGGUGGGUGUACCUGGCCAGCGCGCUGCCCGCCCUGCUCGUCACCAUCCUCAUCUUCAUGGACCAGCAGAUCACGGCUGUCAUCGUCAAUAGGAAGGAGCACAAGCUGCGAAAAGCAGCGGGCUACCACCUGGACCUCUUCUGGGUGGGCAUCCUCAUGGCGGUGUGCUCCUUCAUGGGGCUGCCCUGGUACGUGGCAGCCACCGUCAUCUCCAUCGCCCACAUCGACAGCUUGAAGAUGGAGACAGAGACCAGCGCUCCGGGGGAGCAGCCCCAGUUCCUGGGGGUCAGGGAGCAGAGGGUGACGGGCAUCAUCGUCUUUGUGCUCACAGGGAUUUCUGUCUUCCUGGCCCCAAUUCUGAAGUACAUCCCCAUGCCGGUACUGUACGGCGUCUUUCUGUACAUGGGCGUCGCAUCGUUGAACGGCAUCCAGUUCUGGGACCGCUGCAAGCUCUUCCUCAUGCCGGCCAAGCACCAGCCCGACUACGUCUUCCUGCGGCACGUUCCACUGCGCCGCAUCCACCUCUUCACGCUGGUGCAGAUCAUCUGCCUGGCCGUGCUCUGGAUCCUCAAAUCCACCGUGGCUGCCAUCAUCUUCCCUGUCAUGAUUUUAGCCCUGAUCCUGGUGCGGCGGCUGCUGGACUUUGUCUUCUCCCAGCACGACCUGGCCUGGAUUGACAACAUCAUCCCCGAGAAGGAGAAGAAAAAAGAAGACGACAAGAAGAAGAAGAAAAAAGGCAACAAAGGGGAUAGCAGCAGUGAUGAGGAGGAAAGAGGUCCUCCACCCGGAGCUUUGCGUUCUGAUUCCUCCCCAAAUGGUUCCGACAUGGAUCGCAGCAUUACUCUCCACCUGAAGAUUUCGUGUCCAUCAUCUCCCGCGUUUAAUUACUCCCGAAGCCCCAUCUGCGCCGUGCCCCAGGUGAAGAUAGAGAUGGAGUCAGACUAUGAGGACACCGACACCGAAAAGCCACCGCGGGACAUGGGCAGUGAGACCACGCUAUAGUUCCCUGCAGUGCUUCCUCUAAUUUAUAUAUAUAUAUAGAUAUUUAUAUAUUCAUAUAUAUAUAUAAAGCAAAUUGGACAUAUUUUUCUAUGCGAGACUGAGGAGAGCGCUGGCCCCCGAGGCCACUGCUCCCGUAGUUCUUAACCUAACGAGCUCGAUGCGCUGUCACGUUUCCUCCCUUUCUGUUGGGUGAAGGCAUCGUCGCUGGUGGCGGAACGGGGCUCAAAAUGUGGCAAUGGGCAUUUUUGGCCUCCGAACCAUGGCUGGGGGUGGUGCUGGGGAAUGUCCCAGUCAUCCCAUCGGGGUCCUUCUGCUGUAGCGGGAGGGGUUCUCCUGCCCUGGGGGGCUCAGCAGCACAGAGGUGCAGCAGGGGAUGAGGAUGCAUUGGAGGUUGGGGACUGAGGGCUGCAAAGCAGCUGUGCCCCAGGCACUGGCAGAAGGGAAGGCUCAGGAGUGCCUGAGAUGGGCUGAGUGCCUGGGAGCAUCAGCAGGGAACAGAGUGGGGAACUGGAAAUGGUUUCCAUAUGGAAUUGGGCAGCAGAGCUGAGCACGGCCAUGCCUGUCCUCAUGUCAUUGCCCCUAGCAAAGCAGCUUUCCCAGGGCCAAUGUAGGACCCACAGCCAAAAACCCAGCCAGUAAAGGGGUAGGAGCCCUGUCGUUGCACCCAGCCAGGACCUGGCACGCCAGGCCCUUCCUGCACCUUCUCCUUGCUCUACACACACCAAGGAGCCUGCCCAGCCCCUGCACAAGGGAGUCUGCACCUCCUCGAGCUCCUCCACCCCGAAUACACACACACAGUUUAACAAUAAACAUCCCCCCAUGUAACCCCACACACUUGGCCAUUGCUUUCCCAGCAGGGAAAAACCCCAGGAUGGGUUUUUGGUUUUUUUGCUCUAUUUUAAGGCUGCAAAAAGCCCUCCCUCCUCCCCCCCAGGCAGAAACAGCCUACCUGGUAUUUAUAGGAGCUCCAUGCUCAUGCCAGCCAGCCAGGAGUUCCUGGGAUGCUGGCUAAAUGUUGCACCUGGUCUGAAUCUCUACAGGGGACAGCCCAGCUCUUUGUAAAUAGUCAAGUCAAACUGAAGGACUUGAAUGCAGUUUCAUGUUUAUAGCAGUUUUUUUUUUUUCUGGUUCGAGAGCACCUAGGGAACCAUGGUGAGAUUAAUGAGACAGCGUUACUCCGGUCACCACUUUAGCUUGACGUUAACAUUAAGAGCUAUUUCAGCUUGGAUGCAUUGUGUCUAUUUUUUAGUGUUUUGUACCAAUCUCAUGUGUGGUAGCUGAAGCAUGGCACAGGUAGGUUUCUGCUUGUAAUCACUCCACAAAGGUUAAUUUGCUUUAUCCAGUACAUCAGCUCUACUACACAGCAGCCCUGGAAAGGCUCCAUGGACUCCAGUGGCUGUUCCAUAGGGCACAGCUGAAGCCUCAGCUCAGACCCUUCUAGAACACAGCUUGUUUCAACUAAAUUUAUCCAUUUUGCAAGUCUCACACAUGGUUUAUACUUUUUGUAUAUGAAAUACUGGAGCGUCACAGAUCUGCCAGCCCCGUACUACUACUUUAGCCAUUUUGUAUUUACCAGUGAUCCAAUCCAAUAAAUCUCACUUUAAUUAGUCUCA